UAUACAUUUAUAUGUUUUAGAUGUAUCACAAAUGAGAAGACGCAAAAAAUGGAGUUGCAUAUUUUAGAACACAGCUUGAAAGUAGCGAGUAUAGCAAAAGAGGGUAUCCAGAUUUGCACUCACGGAUUAAUCAAACUAGCUUUCCUGCCCUCUAAAACAAGGUGUAAGUUCUUCAGUUUGACUGAAACCCCAGAGGACUACACAAUCAUUGUGGAUGAGGAUGGCUUUAAAGAGCUGCCCAAGUCAGAAUAUCUCAGCGUUGCAGAUGCCACCUGGUUGGCUCUCAACGUGGUGUCGGGGGGCGGAAGUGCCACCAGUUCUCAACCAAUCGGAGUGACGAAAAUCGCCAAAUCUGUGAUUGCCCCCUUGGCAGACCAUAACAUCUCCGUAUUCAUGCUGUCCACCUACCAAACCGACUUCAUACUGGUUCGCGAGAGAGACCUGCCCAUGGUCAUGCACACCCUCUCCUCCGAGUUUACCCUACUGAGAGUGGUCAACGGCGAGGCGGUCGCUGCCAACACCACGGGGGUCACCAACGGCUUCAUCAAACCAAAACUCGUUCCCCGGCCCAUCAUUCACCCACUGUUUAGCCCCAGUAACAUGUUCUGUGUGACGAGCCUGGAUCCAGACACCCUCCCCUCUGUGGCCACUCUCCUUAUGGAUGUGAUGUUCUACUCGGGCGGGGUGAAAGAGUCGGGGGCGUCGAGCGAAGAUUCCGGUCACAUCCGGUUCUUUUCGUUCUCUCUCAUCGAAGGCUACAUCUCUUUGGUAAUGGAUGAGCAAACAACUCGAAGGUUUCCCAACAAUGUACUUUUCACCAGCGCAUCAGGGGAGCUUUGGAAAAUGGUCCGCAUUGGAGGGCAGCCCUUAGGAUUCGAUGAAUGUGGCAUUGUGGCACAGAUAUCAGAACCUUUGGCAACUGCCGACAUUCCCGCCUAUUACAUCAGCACCUUCAAGUUCGACCAUGCUCUGGUUCCUGAGGAGAACAUACAGAGCGUGAUUGGCGCCUUGAGGACCAAUGAGGGCACAGGACAGCGAGAAGAAGAAGCCGUGUGACAGGGCAGGACUGGAGUGGCACGUCCUCGAUAACAUAUUGAUUUCACGUCAAACUCUUAAAAGUGCCAAGAGCUUAGCGGCGGA